AUGCCUCUAGAUCGCCAGCUGACCGCGGAGGAAGUACUACAAUCGGUGAAAUCCAUGGGGGCGCUCAAAGCAUCUGGUAAAGAUGGAUCAAACACGAUGUUUUAUCAGAGAUGCUGGAAUCUUGUUGGGUCGGCAGUUGUGGAUUUCGCUCAGGCAUGUUGGAGUGAUCCAGCUCGGAUCCAGGCAGUGAACGAGACAAUACUGGUGCUUAUACCGAAGAUCCAUCGACCCACUCUGAUUGAGCAGUUCCGACCCAUCAGUUUCUGUAAUGUCUCAUACAAGAUGAUAACAAAGUGCUUGGCUGAGCGUCUGAAGCCCCUAAUGCCUCGUUUGGUGCAUGAAACGCAGACCAGCUUCGUCCCUGGGAGACAUAUUACUGACAAUAUUUGUAUUUUGCAGGAAGUGGUCCGUUCGAUGCGAGCUAAAGAUCGACCUUGCUAA